AACCGAUAUUCUCGGCGCGCGAUCAAUCCGCACUCCCCGAUCCCGAACGUUGCACCCGCCGGCUACCACAAUGCCAUCCAAUGGCCAUCGGUCGGUCGCUUAAGCAGCCAUCGGCCGCCUUGUGUACUCCCGGCUUUAUUCUCACUACCGGUUGAGCAACCAGGAAAACGAAUAUUUCGGGGAAUAUUGGAAUACAGGAACGAGCUUAUUGUCAUGAACGGUGGCGUUUUAAGUCAAGCCUCCCGUGUUGGUCACUCCUCAAUGCUGCUCAUCUGUAUAGGUCGAACGGGAAGACAUACAACACUAAUCGAUAGUUCUUACCACACAUACCUGCCGCUUUUGAACUCAUGGGGUGAUGAAGAUGUCGAAUCAGGGAGCACGUUCACACCCAUUCACCAUUCAUCAUUCACUAUCCACGGUGAGCCAACAAUUGGAUUUCGGUCAGCUUACAUUACACGAAAAACCCUUGAGAGGUCGUGUCAGCUUUGGGUACUUCAGAAUAUAUUCCCCAUAUAUAUUUCAUAGACAGAGCAGGAACAUGAAAUCCACGGUCUAUUCUCUCUACUCCAAACCAUCCAUUUCUGCCCCAUUGCGCUUGGAAUCUAUAUUAUUCCAAAUAGAAUCAAGUGCCUCAAUUGAAUUACAUACCUCCCAACCUCCCAACCAACUCCACUCCUUCAAACAAUGAAGCUGCUCACCUUCUUCCUCGCCCUCAUACCUACCCUCACCACCAGCAUCCCAACAACAAUAACAACAACUCACACCCGUGCCGUCCCUCCCGGCUGCGGCGUCUUCAUAAUGUCCAACACAGACAACAUUAGAAUGUACACAUACCCAGUAUCGGACCCCGAAGCCUGUCAGCCAGUCUACGAUCCAAACGAUGCCUCUGCUACGUUUGUUUCCUAUCAGGUAUAUCCGGGGUGCGCUUGUGAUGUGUUUUUUGGUGCUUUUUCGAAUGAACCGACUUGUGUGAACCAACAAGACAUUAUGUACAUUGAGGGGCCGACGGAGGGGGAUUGGGAUGGGUUGGUGCCUACAUCUUAUCGGUGCUGGAAUACUUAGUUCUUCCUUGGUGAAUUUUGGGGGGGAGUGACUAUCUGAAGGGGAUAAAAGUCGGGGUUUUGUACACGGGUUGGAUUUGUUGCUUUGGAUGAGUUGAAGCUGUAGAUUCAAAUUGACAGGUGUUGGGAUACAAAUAAAUUGAAAGUUGGAGUUUAGAUGAUCCC